AAAAUCAUCUCAAAAGUAUAAACAUAAGAUUCUACACCAGUUCCUAAGAGAUUUGAAGGUAUUAAGGUCCCAGACUAGUUGACAUGAUAUAAUAACACAUGAGCCAAAUACCAAACGAUAAAUCUAAAGCUGAAAAGCAUAAAACAUGUAAAAAUCGAAAACAUAGCUGGAGACCACCGAUAACACGAGUAACCUAUUGAUUCUUAGAAUACAUUGUCUUUUUGAGAUCGUUGAGAGUCUAGUUUUAUCCGAAAACAAGGGAAAAGAAAUGAUUCUUUCUCUAAGUAUUUUAUUAAAACAUCAAAAGCUAAUCAAAAGCUAAUCGACUACAAACGAAGACAAAGCUUAAAUAACAAAACUAAUGAAAACCCUAAUAUAAUAACAAAAGCCACGUUAAUAUGUUAACGUACAAUUUAUAAAGCCAUACACUUAGCCCAUACGACCCAUAAGAGAUGGAGGAGACCCAACGUCUUUGUAUGUCGUCAAUAAUAUAGAACGAAAGAUUGCUUUGAGCCGUUUUUACCUUCUUUUUUAUCCUUUUUUUUAUUUGCUGAAGAAAGGAAAAAGUUUAAUAAUUUUAAGUUUUUAACCAAAUAAAUAAGUAACGAAAUCAAAAAUUUAAAUCAUAUGAUAAUAAAUCAAAUAAUAACUAGAAAUCUUUUUUUUGUUUUUUUUUUGAACUGAAAUCUUUUUUUUGUUCAUAGUAGAUUUGCACUAAUCCUACUUAGAUCAUCAUCCUUAAGCAAGUUACAAGCUACCCCUUUUCGAAUCUUCUUCCUCUCUCUCUCUCUCUCGAAAGAAAACAACAAACAAUGCAAUUUGACUUCAAACAUAUAAACGUUGUCCCCAUCGGCAACGAGUUCUUCGACCACCUCAACCAUUCCCGCGUUUCAGACAAGAGUCUCAAACUCAACCGUCUCCGCAAAGUCCACACCCGCCACGUCACCAACACACACCUCACCUUCCGCAACAAACUCUCCACCAUCCUCCGCGACUUCCCUCUCCUCGACGACAUCCACCCUCUCUACAUGGACCUUCUCCGCUUCGUUUUCGAUAAAGAUCGUUACAGCUUCUCCCUAGGUCAAGUCAACACCGCCAAAGACUUGAUCGCAAGCAUCGCUAACGACUACGCCAACCUUCUCGCGUUCGGUGGAUCGCUUAAAGAGUGUAAAGCCUUGAAAGCGAGCGCUGUCGCUGGGAUGUUUAGCGUUGUCAACGAGAUCACUCCUGGUUUGGCUUACCUCGAGCAGUUGAGGCAGCACAUGGCGAAGCUUCCUUUGGUUGACCCGGACGCUCCGACGAUCUUGGUUUCGGGUUACCCUCAUGCGGACAAGGCUUGUUUUGUUAACGGAGUCGUUGAUUUUAGUGCAAAGUCUGUGGCUUUCGAUGUGGGUUUUAGUGGUUAUGAAGGUUCGAUGAGGUGUCAGGUGAUUGAUGGGGUUUUGGAUAAGCCUGUGUUUGGAGAUUGCGAUGUUGUUGUCGACGCUUUGGCUCUUCAUCUUGGGGAUGCGAUUGUGUUGUUCUUUUUGGAUGUUUCUGGUACUUGUGGUUACAGCGUUGCGGAUCAGGUUGUGUUUUUCCAUAGCGUGAAGGCUGUGUUUGUGGACAGACCUUUGUUGAUUGUUUGUGACGAGAGUGAUUUGAUGCAAAUGUCUGACGAAGAUUGGAGACUGAUUGAAGAGAUGGAUGGUGGAAUGGGAGAAGAAGAAGAAGUGGGGUUUAAGAUUAGUAAUUUGAGGAGUGAGGAAGGUGUUAUCUCUGUGAAGAAUGUUGCUUGCGAGAGGCUGUUAUAUCAAAGUGGGAGACUCAGUUGCAUUUCUCUGGAAGAAGCUAGGGUAAUGAGGAACAAAUACAUCGUGGCUCAUCAAGAGCUUGAUGAUGAUGAGCAUGAAGUUUCAGACUUGUUUCUUGAUCCAGACGUUUUGUCUAGGCUUGAGGAGCUGGAACACGAAGAAGGAGUAAAGCAGUCUGAGGAAGAACAAGAAGAAGAUGAUGAUGAUGAUGAUGAUUUUGUGAUAGCUGAGGAGCGUUUUACCGAAGAGCAUAAGGAUCAACUUGUUGCCAUUCGCAAGAUACAACCCUUGAGGAUAUUAAUAGCCUUUGGUUUUUGUAUCCUUGUGGGGAAUACUUAUGGAGCCCUUCAACAAUGUCUCUCAACUCUAAGUUUUUGAGUUAAAACUAGUGUUGGUUUAACCUGCUCUACGGAAUUAAGAAUAACUAGCUUUUUACUAGUGUUGGUUUAACCCGCUGGAAUCAAGAAAAUAACUAGCAUUUGAUCCACGCACCGGCGCAAAUGUUAUAUCAAUAUUUUUUUUAUAGUUUUUGUUAGUGUGUAUUUUUGACAUUUAUCGGUAUUAUAUAUUAAUUGAAUAUAAUAUUUAUACACAAAAUUUGAUGUUGCUUAUAUGGAGUAUUUUUAUUUAUUGUAUCAAAUCGUUAAUUGGAUUAGUUGUUUAUAUAUAUUUGUUUUAUGAAAUUUACAAUAUUGGAAUAUAGUUAUAUAAAAUAUGCAUGAAAUAACAAAUGUAAACAGCCAUUUUUAUUUAAUAUAAUUUUCUAAAUUUGACUAUUUACAUCACUACAAGAAAACGUAGCAGUAACAACGGCGGUUUACGACAAAAUUAUUUCCUCGUAACUUUACAUGGGCUUUACAACGCAAUUACGACGAGACAUUAUUUCGUCGUAAACUCCAUGGUAAUUUACGACGAAAGGAUUUCGUCGUAAAGUCAAUGUAAGUUUACGACGAAAGUACGUGGAAUGCGAAAUAGUUGUAAACGUUAUAUCGACAUUACAACGAAUCAUGUUACCGUUAUAUAAAGGUGAAAACGUGCAUUCAAUGUGCUUUAACUUACCUAAAUUCGUUGUAAAGUCGUUGUAAAUGUUCCAUGUAAAAUCCAUGUAAAACUUUUCUUGUAAAAUCAUUGUUAUAUUUCUCUAUAUAUAUAUGUCAUUUCCCACAACUCUCUUCUUCACAACACACAACUCUCUUCCUCUCGAACCUGAUGGCGUUUAGACUAUGUUCCUCAUUCAGCCACCAAUUACUAUUUCGAAGAUGACGAUAAGGAACAUGAGUCAUUCGUCUGUCUGCCAAUUCAGUGGAGCGACAAGGAGAAGUGGACGGAAGUGCAGUUGGUUUAUACUUGAAAGGAACCUCCAACCAUCGUCAAAGGUUCCUCUCAAGUACAAACCAGCUGCACUUCCGUCCACUUUCUCCUUGUCAUUCCACUGAAUUGGCAGACAGACGAACGACACAGGUUCCUUAUCGUCGUCUUAGAAAUAGUAACUGGUGGCUUAACAACGCAAUUACGACGAAACCAACGAAACCAAAUUUCGUCGUAAACGCCAUGUAAUAUUACGACGCAAGUACGUCGAAAAGUAAACUUUACAUCGACAUUACAACGAAUCAUGUUACCGUUAUAUUUAGGUGAAAACGUGUAUUCAAUGUGCUUUAACUUACCUAAUUUCGUCGUAAAUUCGUUGUAAAUAAUAUGUUAAAACCAUGUAAAAUA